AUGGCUUGCAGCUUAGCUUCUUUCGCGAGCCCCGUGCCGCUGGGAACAGCCUUAGCCAUGAUCUUCAGGCUCCUACCCCUUCUGCUUUUGUCUGCCGCGGACGAAUGGGAGCCCCUCAGAGGCAUCCUGCAGCUCUACUUCCCCAUCCGCGACAUGGCCUUCACGGCGGGCACGGCACAGGGUCGGCGCUUCACCUUCGAGAAGGGAAAGACCAAGACCUCCAGCCCUUUGCCCAUGGCAUCUUCCAGCAAGUUCCCCGUCGCCAUCGCCAUCGCGGGCGUGGUUUCAGAUGGCCAUCUCAGCUUCGACACCUUUGCGCAUGAGGUUUUUCCGUGGUGGAGCUCCAGCAACUCGGACAGUCGCAGCCGAGUGACGUUGCGGCACCUUCUGUCCUUUACCAGCGGUUUCUACUGGCCGGACGCCUCCGGCUUUGUGCCCUGCUUGGGGGCCAAUGCCUCUCAGUACAGCCCGGAGGCCUGUGCCAAAGAGAUCUACCAGCAGGCGCCCUUCGAGUUUGAGCCGGGCAGCACCUGGUCCUACAACUCCUUCCACCUCCAGGUGGCUGGUGCCAUGGCCGCGUCCGCAGCCAAGAUCUCGACGCAGGAGCUGCUGCAGAGGUAUCUGAUCAAGCCCUUACGGCUCAACUCGACUCAGUGGCUGGGUGGAGAAAAUCCCGGGCUGGCGGGGAACAUGAUGACCACAGCGGAUGACUACGACAGGAUCUUGCGCGCCUUCGUCGGGAACGAGCUGUUCCCUGAGGCGAUAUCCACCGAAAUGGAGCGGGACUACCUCGAUGGGGUGAAGGUGUCCAAUGCCAGUACCUUCCUUGUGACCUUGUUGGGCCACUACUCCAUGUGCAACUACUUCGAGUGCUUCCCCCCGAAGCUGCAAAGCUUCACCGAGAGUUGCAGAAAGCGGAACAUCCAUAUGGACGCAGGGCUUUUCGGGUAUUACCCCAUGGUGGAUCGCUCCAAGGGCAUGUACAUGCAGAUCGCCACCGCCACCAUGCCCACCUCCCAGAAGACGUUCUACGCUCCAACCAUCGCCUCGAUGGCCCUCAGGUUGCUCAGCAAGUUCUGGGUGGACCGGGCCCUGGGCGUCCAGGAGGAGGAGAUGGAAGAGAAUCGCGGCAUCGAUGCAGUUUGGAACCUCACGGAGGGUCUGCUGCAAAAGUCGGGUCUGACGAACACCUUCAGCAGUGCGGCUGCGGUGUGGGCUGGCCUGAAGCAGGAGGAGUUGAUGGUGUGA